GUUUGUUUCAUGGAUGCCAUGUGCCAGGGUUGAAACCCACACCCUAAUUGUCGCCUGGUGGACAAUCGGGAUGAGUGAGUCGGCAUCGAAGCGGCAGAGGCAGACGGUCGAGGGAGAGGAGCAUGGCUUGGAUGACGGACACCACGAGGCCGUGAUGGACACCGACGGCCGGCAGCAGCAGCAGCAGCAGGAGGCCACGGCAUCGCACACCACACACACCAUAGAUCUGGAGGCCUUUGCACAGCGCUUUAGCCAAAUCGUAAGCUGAGAUGCACCAAACGAACCACUGGCAAACACACACAUCCUCAUUGUCUCCUCUCUCUGUGUCUGUGUGGUGUGUGUUGUGCACUCAGCCUGUUGUUGUCGCCUACGUCUUCUCGUUCGUGUCGCUUCAUUUGGUGGCGGCGCUGCCCCAGCGGCUGUGGCGCCACGUCGGCUGCCAGAUCACCCAGCUGGUCAUGGACACCUACGACACCGCCGAGCGGCGCUUCUGGUGCGGCCUCUCCUUCGCUGACGCCUUCGAGUGGGGCCGGCGACUCACACAGCUCAGAUCCAUUGUCGUCAUGUACCCGAGUAACCUCCGCGCGGACAGAGAGCCGCAGCGGCCACAGCAGCCGGGCGGCAGGCGCCAACCACCUUGGAGUCCAUCGACAUAAUCAAGGGCGAAUCGGCCAUAGUCGUCGACGAGGCCGAGGGCCGCGAUAUCCGAGCUGCUAGAGAGCGGUUGGCGGCUCUCCCCCCUGCCCUCGACCCGCCACUCACCCUCACAUCCCUCAGGUCCAUCACAGGUGUCCCGGGGGGAUAUGAGCCCUCCUACCCGGGCCGCGGGCGGCACUGGCAGCUGCCCUCGCUCGAGAAGGUGCAGGUGCGGGGGAUGCUGUAUCGCGGUGAGAUGUUGGGAGAGCUAGUGGGGACGUCACGGCGCCUCAAGGAGCUGCACGUGGAAUGCCACCCUGACGUCAUGGCCAACUCGCUGGCGCAGAUCCCGGUGGCAGCGGCCGGCCAGCCGGGGUUGCUGUCGCAGCUGGAGGAUGUCGGCACGCUCAGAAUGUCGAGCGCGAGCGCUAGGGGUCUGGAGCGCCUUCAGGUAUGCGACGAACCACACAAGCUACACAAAACCAGAGAGAGUGGGCGAGAGCUUCCUUGUGAUGUGCGUGUGUCUUUGUGCAGGCCGUCCUUGUCAACCGCGGCUGCCGCUCCAUCAAGAAGCUCAAGGUCACGUUCGAGGAGCUCUGGACCGACAGCAGCAUCUUUGCACCCCUGUCGGCCAUCGAGGCCUUCAGACGUGCCGUCUGUGUGAGCCUUGAUAUUUCCGUCGCCAUCAACAGCAACCGAGGCUUUGACCUGUCCCUCCUCUGCGACACCCCCAUCCGCCCGGAGCCCUCCCCCUUCGUGCAGAAGCACAUCCAGCAGCUGGCGGCCAACGCCACCACGGCGUCCUUCUUUUUCGGCCCCGAGCACUUCGCCACCCCCGGGCCUCUCGACACGCCCAGCCCCGCUGCCAUCGCCCUCGCACAAUCCCUGACCUUCCCCGAGGCGAAGGAAGUGGUCGUCGGCAUUAACGUCGAAGAGCUCGACGUUGAUGCUGACCAGCCUGACCCACUUGUGAUCGACAGCAUGCCACACAGCGCAUUCCCCGCCGCAUCGCGUCUGUCGAUUCAAACGAGCGAGGUGCAUGCGGGUGGCCGCAGGCUGCUGACCAAAAUGUCCGUCGUCAAGAGCAUCGAUCUGGAUGAGCCCACAGAGGCGGAUGCGGCGGGUGUGCUGGAGGCGGUGGGGGGGGAGAGGGAGUUGGAGUGUUUCAACGCCAAGUGGGUGACGGGUGUGGGUGAGGGGGGGCUGACGUGGGGCGACCAUGCCGACCAGCUGCCGACCAUCACACGGCUAGAGGCCAGCGUAGAAGGUGAGCCAUGAGAUCUGUCUCCUCCCAUGAUGUCUCUCGUUGUGUGUCCUUCCCCAUGUCUCUGCAGUGCCUGAGGAUUUGGGCGAUGGCGAUGCCGCUGGCGAGUUCGGCAUUGCGUGUGUCAGGUCGCUGCUCAAGAUCCGAGGCGUCAAGAAGCUUCGGUUCGCGCUGUGCCGAGGUGGAGGGCAGAGCUUCAGGCGGCUGGUGGGCGAACGGACGCAUCGCGAUACCAUUGGGGGGCUGGAGGGGCGGUAGGACAUCGAGUGGUGGGGAUAUCGGGGAGAUUCCCUCACUCUCAAACGGCUUGACACCUGACGAAAGACGACAGGUGCGUGCGGUUUGGCUACCUUGGAUCGAUGCGCGCGCUUGUCCACUGCCGGGGGUGUGUGUUCGGCUGUCUGUUUACCUGUCAGGCCGGCCCGUCAGUAGCUCAUGUGUAGAAUGGGUUGCAGAGGGAAGGUGGUUGAGGUGCUGCCACGAUGGAGGGAUCCUCUCGUGCGUGGCUGCUGGACUAAUUGAGCCGCAGACAUCCAGCUGCAGACUAAUAAUAUGAUCACGGAUGUCUGCGUGCUGGACAAAGCAUCGAAGGCUGAAAGUUCAUCGGCCGCAUUUUCUCUGAUUGCUGCAGUGGCAUGGCCAUGGACAAAGAUAGCCACAUUCACAUGCUUCCACUACCAGUACCUACCAGUACUAUGUCCCUGCCCGUAGCUCUUAAGUUUUGAGCGGCCAUCCAUGCAUUCAUCGAUCAGCAUCCAUCCAUUCAUUCAUCGCUGCAGCUUCCCUUCCGUGGAUGCCUCUCUCUGUCUCUAUCUCUGUCUCUGUGUCUGUCGUUCCUGCCUUCCCUGGCCUGGUCCUUCUUUCCUUCACGUCAGCGCAUGGCGUGUACGAAGCCUGUGUGCCGCGCGACCGCAGUCGAGUACAGACUCGCAGUGUUGAGAACGGCUCCCUGACCAACACAACACAUCACGUCACGAGACACAUUGAUGGAUGUUGUCUUAUGUGUGUGUUAGGCAGGUGUGCUGGUUCGCUGUGAGUGGGUGGAUGAUAUCAUGAGUCACGUCUUUUCCCAGACUGACGAGAUAGUUGUGAAGCGUCAAGUAGUCGGUGUGCUCGGCCGGCAAGUUGAUGUGGUCGGUCGACAAGGCAAAGACUCUUAUUACGAUGCUGUCGAAAGAACAGACAGAAAGCGGAGACAGACAGAGCAGAGAGUGUCCGUCCAUUGUGUGAUAGAGAGAGUGUGGUUUCUUCCCUCCCACCCACCAGUUGAAGGGUCGGGUAGAUGAGACGUGCGGACAGGGUCCUGUGUACGGUAGAGCCACCUUCGCCCCUGAUUGCAUCGCAUCGCAUCGCAUCAAUCAAUGGAUGCCAUUGAUGCGAUGUGUGGCACAUUCAUGUCAUUCA